GGUCGUGCUCGUUUGCAAGCGCACGGCGACGCCCGACCGAGCCUGUUGGCCUAUCAUCCCCCCUUGUCGGUCAUCCAUCCUGCUCGGCUGCACCCGAGGCCAUCUGUUGUCGCCCUCACGCUAGCAACACAAGCAGCCGAUCGUCGCCCAUCCGCCCUGAAGCCCUUCCCUCUGUUUGCCAGAGCCCGUCCAUGAACCGAGUGGCACCAGCCGGAGCAGCCUCGUCUGCCGCCGCUGCCGAUGCAGCCAAAGAAAAGGCCGACCGAAUCGGCCGAGGCAAAGGGUGGUCCAUAUUUGAAAACGAUGUCGUCGGCCGCGACGAUAUGCGAUAUUGGGGCAAGAACAUGGUCGAUCCUGUCGACAAGAUCGAGGACAAAUGGCGGCUGCUGCCUGCCUUUCUGCAGACCAAGGGCCUGAUCCAGCAGCACGUCGAUUCAUACAACUAUUUUGUCGAGACUGGAAUCAAAGAGAUCCUGAGAGCCAACAACCGCAUCGAAAGCGAUGUCGACCGGGUCUUCUAUCUCAAAUUCAACGACAUCCGCGUGCUGGUCCCAUCGACCUACGAUACCCAGCGGGGCAUCCAGGUGCCUCUGACUCCGCAGGAGUGUCGUCUGCGAGAUAUCACCUAUGCCGGAACGAUCGUUGUAGAUGUGGAGUAUGUCCGCAACAAGCAAAUCAUCAAGAAAAACAACAUCGAUAUUGGCAGGAUGCCCAUAAUGCUCCGCAGCAAGCCCUGUGUUCUCUACAAAAAGUCGCCCGAGGAAAUGGUGCAGAUGAAGGAGUGUCCUCUCGACCCCGGCGGCUAUUUCAUCAUCCGUGGUACAGAAAAGGUCAUUCUGAUCCAGGAGCAAAUGUCCAACAACAGAAUCAUCGUUGAAAACGACCGGACCGGUGGAAUCGGCGCCAGCGUCACGAGUUCAACCGUUGAGCGGAAGAGUAAGACCACGAUCCUGUACGUCCCCGCGACCGGAAAAAUCAUUCUCAAGCACAACAGCCUGACUGCCGAUGUCUCCGUCAUCACGAUCAUGAAGGCCCUUGGAAUCGACUCGGAUCGUGAGAUCGCCGAGCUCAUCUGUGGUGAAGACCCCGAGUACCUCACUCUGCUGUCACCGUCCCUCGAGGAAAUCUCCAAGCUCGAGAUCUUCACUCAGACACAAGCCCUAGACUCGCUUGGCUCCAAAGUCAAGCCUUCCAUGUCCUUCAAGAAAACCUUUACGCCCCGCAAGAGCAACGUCGAGGAGGCAAAGGAGUACCUGGCAACGAGCUUCAUCGCCCACAUUCCGUGUGAAGAGCGGGACGGGCGAUACAACGUGCGACCCAAGGCGAUUUACCUGGCCACGAUGAUUCGGAGAGUCCUCCAGGCCAUCCGUGAGGGUGGCAUUGUCGACGAUCGUGACUUUAUCGGCAACAAGCGUCUCGAGCUCGCCGGUCAGAUGAUUUCACUGCUUUUCGAAGAUCUGUUCAAGUCGUGGAUCGACCAGCUCAAAAUGGGUAUCGACAAGGAGUUGAGGAGAACCAAUCGCACCAAGCAGUACGACGCCAUAACCACCGUCACAGGUCGCUCUAGAUACAUCACCGAUGGUCUCUUCAAGGCCAUCUCCACGGGCAACUGGAGCGUCAAGCGGUUCAAGAUGGAGAAGGCAGGGGUCACGCACGUGUUAUCUCGCCUCAGCUAUGUCUCGGCCCUGGGUAUGCUCACGCGUAUUUCCAGCCAGUUUGAAAAGUCUCGAAAAGUCAGCGGACCGCGUAGUUUGCAGACCUCGCAAUGGGGCGUCAUCUGUCCCUCGGAUACGCCCGAAGGAGAGGCCUGUGGUCUUGUCAAGAAUUUGGCGCUGAUGACCCACAUCACCACUGACUCGCCGUCUGAGCCUGUGCGAGCCCUCGCCUUUGCCCUUGGCGUCGAAGACAUCAACAUGCUCACGGGCGCAGACCUGUAUCGCCCAGGCACAUACUUGGUCUACCUCAACGGUGUGAUCUUGGGCGUCCAUCGCCUGCCCGACAAGUUUGUGCGUGAUUUCCGGCGGCUGCGUCGGGCUGGCCGCGUCGGCGCCUUUGUGUCGGUCUAUCGCAACGUGCUGCAGAGCGUCCUCCAUAUCUCGAGCGACGCCGGGCGAGUCUGCCGCCCACUCAUCAUUGUCGAGAAAGGCAAGUCCAAGGUGAACGCCAGCGACAUCCGUGAUGUCAUGAUGGGCUUCCGCACUUUCAACGACCUCGUUGUCGAGGGCAAAGUCGAGUACCUCGACGUCAAUGAAGCUGGCGACAGCGAUAUUGCUGUAUAUGAAGCCGAUAUUGUCUACAGCGAAAGCCGCGAUCCAGAUUUUGCGCACAAGUGGGGCAGCAAAACCGAGGAUCCAAGCGGCCUGCCUAACACGCAGCAUCUCGAAAUUGCCACCUUUACUCUCCUUGGAGCUGUGGCCGGGCUGAUUCCGUAUCCUCACCACAAUCAGUCCCCGCGCAACACCUAUCAGUGCGCUAUGGGCAAACAAGCAAUCGGCGCCAUCGCCUACAACCAGCUGACCCGCAUCGACACGCUGCUCUAUCUCAUGGUGUACCCGCACCAUCCGAUGGUCCGCACACGCACCAUCGAGCUGAUAGGCUACGACAAGCUCCCGGCUGGACAAAACGCCACGGUUGCUGUUAUGAGUUACAGUGGCUACGAUAUCGAAGACGCCCUGGUCCUGAACAAGGCGUCGAUCGAUCGAGGCUUUGGUCGCUGUCAGGUCAUGCGCAAGUUCAGCACCAUGAUCAAAACCUAUCCCAACCGCACCUACGAUCGUCUGCUUGGCCCGCCCGACGUCCAGCCAGACGAGGUCGUUAUCGACCCCCGCUACGAAGCAAUCGAUCUUGACGGCUUGGCGCAUGUUGGAGAAAUCUGCAAAAAAGGCAACAUCCUUAUCAACAAACAGUCGCCGGUCGAGACCGCUGCCAUGGAUGGCCGCUCGGACGGGGACAUGACCACGGUGACCUACAAGCCUGCGAUGGAAUCCUACAAGUAUCCGUGCGACGGCGCCGUUGAUCAGGUACUCUUGACCACCAAUGAGGAGGACCAGAUGCUGGUCAAGGUUCUUGUUCGCCAGACCCGCCGCCCCGAGCUGGGCGAUAAGUUCUCCUCCCGCCACGGACAGAAGGGUGUCUGUGGCAUUAUUGUCCAGCAAGAGGACAUGCCUUUCACCGACCUUGGCAUUUGUCCGGACAUCAUCAUGAACCCGCACGGCUUCCCAUCGCGUAUGACCGUCGGGAAAAUGAUCGAGUUGCUUGCUGGAAAGGCCGGCGUCCUCGCUGGCAAGGUCCAAUACGGAACGUGCUUUGGCGGCAGUAAGGUCGAGGACAUGUCACGCAUCCUGAUCCAGAACGGCUUCAGCUACUCUGGCAAGGACUAUGUCACCUCCGGCAUCACGGGCGAGCCGCUCUCUGCAUACAUCUUCUUUGGUCCGGUUUACUAUCAGAAGCUCAAGCACAUGGUCAUGGACAAGAUGCAUGCGCGCUCUCGCGGCCCCCGGGCCGUGCUCACGCGCCAGCCAACGGAAGGUCGAUCCAAGGAAGGCGGUCUCCGUGUCGGAGAGAUGGAGCGCGACUGUCUCAUCGGCCACGGUGCUGCGUCGCUGCUGAUGGAGCGUCUGCUGUUCUCGUCGGAUGCCUACGAUGUCGAGGUUUGCCAGGAAUGCGGCCUGCUUGGCGGCUGGCAAGGCUACUGUCCCUAUUGCCGCAGCCGCAAGCAUGUCGCCACGGUCAAGAUCCCGUAUGCAUGCAAGCUGCUCUUCCAAGAGCUGAUGUCCAUGAACGUCGUGCCGCGAGUCAAGAUCGAGGAGUGGUCAUAGCCGCCUCCCUCUCUGUGUCCGCUUUGCCCAUCUACCUACCCCACCCGACAGUCAAAGUCUGAUCCGCCUGGAAGCCUGCGAUUCUGCAGCUUGCGCUACCAACAAGGCAGCAAUAGAUGGUAUUAUGUGGCA